AUGGAUGAGCCACUCGACCUUUGUUUACGAACCAGUCAAGUGAGGGAUGUUUCGAAAAAGGCUUUCCAUGACUUUAAACGGGACGAACAAUCGUUGAGUGUUAAUACAGCCCCGAGAUAUGAGAUAGAAGAUAACGAGAAAAUGGUUCAGCGUUGGCUACACCACAUGCCGGCAGAUAGGAUGAUAUCAACCGAGUACAGUCCUUAUCUUCAGACGAACCAGGGUUCUACAAGCAGCAGGAUCUCCUUUGAUCCAAAUAUGUCCAGCGACGCCUCCAAGAUCCCGGGUUCUGCAAGCAGCAGGAUAUCCUUCGAUCCGAACAUGUCCAGCGACGCCUCCAAAACAAACAUUAAUGUGAAGCUUCACAACAAAGAGCUGUGGCGGAGCUUCAGCCAGGAAGGAACGGAAAUGAUCAUCAAUAGAUCUGGGAGGCUCAUGUAUCCACGCGUGGAGGUGACCGUGGAAGGCCUUAACGCGAGCAGUAUGUACAGCAUCGGGAUGACCGUGAUUCCAGUAGAUGACAAGCGUUACAAGUACAAGGACAACGUUUGGUCGUCAGUUGGAAAAUCGGAGAUUAAUCACCCGAUCACGCCCUAUAAGCAUCCUAUCUCACCGGCAACAGGAUCUUACUGGACGAAGGACAUCCUUUCUUUCGGUCAUGCGAAGCUCUCCAAUCAUUUAGGGCCGAACAAGAUUUGUCUGGAGUCUAUGCAUAAGUAUAUGAUACAGAUCAACGUAGUACAUCAUAGCAGGGGGGACCACCUGUACAGCUUUACCCUCCCUGGCACCGAAUUUAUUGCACUUACCGCAUACCUCAACGAUAAAAUCACCAGGCUGAAAAUCUCCCAUAACCCAUUUGCGAGAGCGUUCAAGAACAAGAAAAUAUCGCAAGCCAGGUUUUGUCGUUCGGGCUCGACUCUCACUAUCGGAAAGCGGCAUGCUUCCAAUAAAGUGUUAGUAAAGGCAUAACCUACACCUCAGAGUAUAUUAU